CUGUGUUCAACUCGUUCACUCGAAAAUAGUCUCCAUCGGUUCAGUAAUCGUCUCUUUAAUUUUUAUUCAUAAAUGUGUUUAAAAUAAGUCAAAAUCGUUAAUUUUUAUUCACAUAAAUAAAUUUUAGUUGUAUCUUCAUAAAUAAUACUAAACCAUGAGUUCGGGUGGUACUCGCGUGUACGUCGGCGGUCUCGUCGAGGGAAUCAAGAAGGAAGAUCUCGAACGCGAGUUCGAUAAAUAUGGAAAACUAAACUCAGUUUGGGUAGCACUAAAUCCCCCAGGUUUCGCUUUCAUAGAAUUUGAGAACUUGCAGGAGGCGGAAGAUGCGUGUAGCGCGAUGAAUGGUACUGAGAUGUUAGGCGCCACUUUGAAAGUAGAGAUCUCUAGAAAGCGGGACGGGCCCCGCAGAGGUGGGUUCAGAGGUCGGGGCGGCGGUAACUUCAGGGGUGGUCGUUCAUUCGGAGGUCAGGGAGGAGGCAGGUUUAACAACUCAUACGGUGGCGGCGGCGGCCGGCCGUACAAUCGUAACGGAGACGGAUAUGGCUCCAGCGGCGGCGGUGGUGGUGGCGGCGGUAGCGGCAACUACAGAUCUAGGUCGCCGCUGUCCCGUUAUUAAUUUAGUUGCUAGGUUAAAUAGGUUUAGUGUUAUCGUAAUCUGAAGCCUUCCAAGUGUUAAAAUUCAAUGAAUACUGGGGGUUUAUUGCUAGGCAUUUCGAUGGCUCAAGGAAGUGGAGUUCCUUGGACUCGGUGAUCUCGCUUCAAAAUCAUCGGAAUAUAUUUCAAGAACAAUCUUCAGAAAUUAAUUAACAUUCUACCUAGUACUCUAAUGGAUAAGUUUCUUCAUAAAUAAAAAUUAUGACUUAUU